UUUGUUAACAAGCUGGGUGUAGCUCACAUUUUUCUUUAGUUCUUCUGGACAUCUCUCCAACAAACAAGUAUUUUGGCUCAGCUCAAUAAUCAAUACAGUUUUCCUAGUUUACAGAGCAAAUAAUUACUUCAUGACAUGACUUCACGUGGUCGGAGAGAUGUAUAUAUAUAGAGCAGAGAGAGAAGGCUGAGAACCAUCUACCAACCUCCCCAGCAACAGCUUUGCAAGCAACAGACUCUACAACCAUCUCCACUAUGAAGACCACAGGAAGCUUUGCCCUUCUUGGGCUUAUGCUUCUCAGCUGCCUUGCUGACAUUGCUGUUGCUCAGAGACGGGCCUCCUGCGGCAUGUUCCUGACAUCCGGAAAAACCCCGCAACUGCAGGUUGCCUGUCCCCGCGACUACAGCCCUGUCUGUGGAACUGAUGGCAAGACCUACCCCAACGAGUGCACCCUCUGCAGGGAAAUCUUCACUCGCAACCGUAACAUUGACAAGAAGCACGAUGGCAGAUGUGUCAAGGUUGACUGUACUGGCUUCCUGAAAUCAAGCAGUGGACAAGCGGUCCCCUGCACCAUGGACUACAGCCCCAUCUGCGGCACUGACGGCAUCACCUACAGAAACAAGUGCAGCUUCUGCAGUGCUGUGGCGAACGGUCUGGAAGUCAACCUGCGCAGCUAUGGAGAAUGCUUCCAGGAGCAGAUUGACUGUGGUGACACCCAACAGAAGGGUUUCAGCAACCUCGUCUGCACCUCUGAAUUCGACCCCCUUUGCGGCUCUGACGGCAGAACUUAUGGAAACAAGUGCCAGUUUUGCAACGCAGUUUCCCGCAGCCGUGGAAGUCUGUUCCUCAGACACCGUGGCCAGUGCUGAGCCCUGGAACUGUACCUGGCACACUGACUUUUCCCUUACAAAUCCUGAAUCAAACAUGCUCUUCCCUGCUCCCUCACCUGUUCCACAUUGGUCUCUGCUUUGAUUGAUCAAUAAACUAAAUGCAGCCACUGUC